CUCACCCCGCCAGCUCCGCCGGCAGCUCCAGCGGCAGCACCAUGGACCUCUCCUUCAUGGCCGCGCAGCUUCCUGUUAUGGGAGGAGCCUUUAUGGACUCACCCAACGAGGACUUUAGUACGGAGUACUCCUUGUUUAACUCAUCAGCCAACGUCCAUGCAGCUUCUUCCAUGCAGAAUCCACCAGAAGAGACAUCCCGUUCUUCAAAUGAUGCCAUAUUGUUAUGGAUUGCAAUAAUAGCAACAAUUGGAAAUAUUGUGGUUGUGGGAGUGGUGUAUGCCUUCACCUUCUAGGAUGACUGUUGCUCCAAACACUAGAAGAGAGGAUAACUGCAACAGUAUUUGUCAUGUGUAUGUAUGUAUGUGUGUAUAUAUACAUGUAUAUCUAUAUAAAUACAUAUAGGUAGGGACUUUGUUGAUUAAGUGCUGCCACAAUCAUGGAAGUGAAAUGCAAGUUACUCAUCUUGAAUCUUGAUGGCAGAAAGUUUGGAUGCAAUUGCAAAUUGUAUGGAGGUGAGAGCUUUAAUUGAGAACAGAGCCAAUACCAGUUUUGUAUAGAAAUGUAAUAAAAGAGAGACCAAUGUGGUUAUAGUAAAUACAAAGAGAAAGUGAGAUUUAUAUAGAAAGUGCUUAUUUUCUACUGUUUAGAUUUUUCUAGCAGCUCUUCUGCAUUUGUCAGCUUUUUUGUGCAUUUUUUACUGUGCUAUAAUGUUGUAUGAAAUUGUUCUGUGUCAUGUUUGCUGAACAUCUUAGUUUUCCAGGUGGACUAAAUGGUUGGCAUUGGCUCAGUUUUGAUGAAGUACAAGUUCAUCGUGUGUGAGUCUUCAGCACGUGCAUAUGCUACUAGGCUGUGUUCAAAAUGAUUAAAGCUAUGACAGGCAGAUGCAUGCUGUCUAACACUUGCCUUCCAGUAUCAAUUACUGGGUCUGAUAAUCUAUGAAUUGAUGCUAAACCUGUCUGCUGUUUGCAGGAGGAGGCACAGCUAUUGCAAGGUGUGGCUGGUCUGCAGACCCUCUGCACUCCAGAGAAGGGCGUGUUAUACAGAGCAGCAGCACAAGCUCCCAUUUCUGUCUAGAGGUACUGGGUUGCAGUGGUUUGUAGAUGUGUCCCUUCCAGGAAACAAAGGCCAAAUACCAUGCUUUUCAGCUCAUUUCACUGUAAUCCAGAUAUCCUACAGCAGCCAUGUACUUUCAUAAGCUUAUUGGUGGAUCAAAAGAACGUGGGGAAAUUGCGAAGCCUAAUUAACAGUGAAUGACAUCUAUGAAAUAAAUAGAAUUGAAAGAAAGAUCGGACACUACUCACGAAGGAGUGCAAGAGUCAGGUAUGUCGUGGGAUAGAAACAGCACAAAAAAGGCAGUAAGUGACAGAGAUGCAAGUGCUUAUAUCUCAGUGUUAGUAUGUCUCCGGGUUCUGAUGAGGCUCCUGGAAGUGAUUUUUAUAUAGCCUGCUUUAGGUAACAACUCUGAUUUAUCAUUUGGAUUUGUUCUGUUGAGGGACAACAUUUUCACUGCAUUGUUCCCACAAGCAGUUCCUUUUCAAGAGCUGUAUGUUUUCAAAACAAGCUGUAGCCUUCCUUGCUUCAGAGAUGAUAAAAUCUUGAGGGAAGAAAAAAAAAAUCACUUCUGUUGCAAAUCUUCCUCUUCCCCCUUAAAAAAUAAACACAAAUAUAUAAAAUGUCUGCACUCUGAGAGGAGCAGACAAAUUCUUCCUCUAUGUCUACGUGUAUUGUAUAGGUUUUCUGUCUCGUACAGCCACUACCCUAAUUCCGGAAAGCCUUGUCUGCAGGCACAGAGAGUAUUUUUGACACUUGCCUGCCACUGAGCUUGAGGCUGGACUAAGAGCUGCUGAAUUUAUAGAGAGGUUUGGAUUUUCUUCUUUUCUGUUUAAACCCAUUUUCCUGCAGGGCUGGUGGACAGUUACUUGAAUCAAACCAAAUCAGUAUUUAUAACCACUCAGUAGUCACUGUGUAAUUUUUUUUUUUUUUUUUUUUUUCCCUCUCUGUGAACUGGCCUUUAAAGCUGAGAAAGAUGCAAACGGAGCUAGGAGGGAGGGAGAAAAGAAACUAAGUUAUUUUGAGGAUGAGAAAAAAAAAAGACAACUCACUUGAACGGAGCUUCUGUGUGUGUAGUUAUUUCCCUGUUUAGAGGCAAGAUUUUUGUGAAGAUGGCUGAGGACAGAUGAGAUCUGUGCUGGGAGAAAGUUUGAGAAGCCCAGUUCUGGAAGACCAGCUGGACACAAAGCAAAUUCUGUCUAAUAAAAUAGCUGUAGUCUUAAGAAUGAUACAGAAACAAUGGUUCUCACUGUCCUAAAAUACCUAUUCAUUCCUUCAUAGGCAGAGGAUAAUAAAAAACAGGGGAGCUGUACAAAUUGUGUACCUUUUCUGUUCUUACACUCCUCCUUAUUCUUGCUGAGCACAAAGCAAGCUGUUAAGUGAGGUUGGAAGGCUGCAGUUUCCAGUGCAGAAUUGAGCAGGACAAGGUCUGGUGUACAAACAUGUAGGACCCGUGGAAAUACUGCUUAGUGAAAUGUACUGUCCCCAGCCAUUUUCUGAUAUUCUGUUGCCUUUAUAAUUGUAUCAAGUAUUCAUGGACUUUUCUUCAGUGUUUCUGUAGGCUUUCUAGUUAGGCCAGAUCUUGCAAGCCCUGUUUUUGCAUGAAGAGCAAAAUGUUUCCACCAUCAUUAAAACCAGUUUGACACUAUGGUACUUGCCCAAUGGGAUUAUUCUACUGCUUACUGAAUUUGCCAGCGGAGUGCUUUGUUUAAAUUUCCUAGAAUAUUAAUCUUAGUGCAAUUAGCAAUGUUUGCAUCUCUCUCCCAAAGCACUGGACUAAAUUCUUCACCCAUGGAAGAGCAGUGUUGGAGCGGGAACAGUGAAGAACCACCACUCUACUAAUGAAACAGAGUGACACCUUUGUGUUGCUUUUCCCAAAGAAAGUUUCCUACUUUCAUGUCAAAUUGAUAGUAAUAACAGAAGUGUUGGAGAAUGAGUUCUGCCUCCAGAUCAUCGUUGUACAUAUUUUCAUCAUUGGAGGCCGAGUUGUCAAGAAGGGCCAGACAAAAACUUUAAUUAAAGUAAUUGGCUUGACAGGGUGACAUGGCAGACUGGGUACAGGCAGCAAGUGCAGGCAUUUCCUGUCUCAUAGUUAAACUGCACACUAACUGUACAGCUUUUCUGUUGAGAAAAAAUAGUUUUAGAAUGCAGGUGCAAGGAUACUGCAUGCAAGAGUCUGUACAGAAUGUUGUCAGGUAUAUUAAAGAUCCCUAAAUCACAGUGGGCAGAGCUGGUUCAAGCUCUGAUGUACUUUGAUAGUGAUAACAUGCACAGUAUGUUUCUGGAGGUUGUGUUCUGGCUUUAUCUGCUACAACCACUUCCAUCUUCUGUGAGGUUAGGAAAGGUUUAAAUCCAACCAUUGAAAAAGGGGACUCAUCCAUCAUAAAGUUUGGAGACACCAUGGAGGGGGGUGAAGAAGUGGAUGAAUGGUGGAUGUUUCUUAGGUAUGGUCCUGUGAAAUGUGUUACUGCUUCUUUAUGUGGAUAUAAGUUAUAACCUGAACUGUCAAUGCAGUUUGACUUGGAGCACUGUAGCUUCUCCUUUCCUUGGAGCCAUGCAAUUGGAUAACUGCUGUCACUCACUGAGGGGUGACGAGAAAGUCCAAACACAGGCCCCAGAGCCAUUCUCUGAAGCUCCUCUGUGAAAGCAGAAGAGGGUUCUGUGCUUUGCUGAGCACUUUUUAAUCCAGCAUGAGAGCAGGAUUCCACUUAUAGAUCUGUGCUUUAAAUAAAAGCAUCUAGCACAGAUAUGUUACAAGGUCCUGACUGGAGUUUGCUCUGUAGUAGACAAAGCAAAACACUUUCCGUAUGCAGUGUUAGACCCCUAGCUAUGUUGUAAACAUCAUUGUACAAACACAAGAAGUGAUACUGUGUGUACUUUGCAAAGUUAGUGAUGACCCAUAGGAAGCAAGUAGAUAAACUGGAUGCCCUAACAUGUCUCUGCUAGCCAUGGCCUCUAGGGAUCAAUAGCAACAUACCAAAUAAUUGAAUUGUCUCUUAAGAUUUGUUUUGCUCUAAGCAGCCAGCAGCUUGACACAGCAGCUGUGCAGCCACCACAGCAGAGACUAAAGGCUGAACAGUUAUGGAGGUAGGUGCAAAGGUGCAUUAGAUAGGAGAGUGGGGUAGGGAAACCCACACAGCUACUCCUGUUACAUUUUUAUCUGCAGGGCUAGGAGUCUGUGCUUGUCCACAGCAUUAAUAUCCUCCUAAAAUAAAAUGAGGGAGGAAGCUGUAUUUCUGUGUUGACACACACUUGCAAAACUGAACAACAGAUUUUGAAACUGAUGCAACAACAGUAGCAGAGAGACUUGCCUGCUACAAAUAACGUAUUUAGCCAUUUGAGUGGGCAAGUGAGCUGAUAAAUACCUCAGAAGUAAUGAGAUUUCCCCCCUCCAAAAUCCUUGUUUGCAAUAGGACUUGAGGGCGGUCAGCAUCCCACCAAACUGCUGAGCAGCCUGUAAUAACAAGUCCCAAAUCAAGAGUGAACAGAAGCAGCCAGCCAUUAUAGUUUUGACCUGUACAUUCAUUUGAAGAUAAAGGGACAAUGUGCCUUUGUGUCCAGGACCAAAAGAAAACAGGAGUCCUUAGUCUAUAGGUUAUGUAUUUUGUCUAUUAUUAGAAGCUUCCGUUUUGCUAGACUUGAAACAAUUCCAGUUGUUAAUAUCUUCUUCACAUUUCUCUGCAGGCUGCUGAGUUAUUAAUUUCACUUAGCUCUGUCUGUUUAUCUGAUGUAAUUUUACUGGGUUUUCUGUGGCUAAUCACAGAGCAGUAUCUGGAAAAUUAUUCUUUUUAAGGAUGAUUUCCAUUAUUGAGAGAAAUAGGCCAAAAAUCAGAAUCCUAGAUCAAAAUGCUUCUCUGCUUUCAGAGCAUUCAGAGCUCUGGAGAAUUGGAUUUCAUCCGGUUAAUGCGCAGAAAGGAAAAGGGCAGUCAGGUCCCUGGUGAUAAUGUCAGACAUCAGGGUUCUGACAGGCAGAGCUGAGCGCUUCAUUAACUCCUGCUCUGCCCCUCUGAGCCCUGCUGGCUUCCUGGACACACAGCCUGAGCUGAGUUUUAGUGAACUAACCAUCAGGUACAGCAUGUCCCUCCUCAUCUUACAGCUUGCUAACCCUCAGGGAAACAAGUGCAUUUGUUCCAUUCGCAGAAGAGCCAGAGAUCAAUAUUCUGCUAGGUAUAUUGUUAUCAGUACAUUGGUCCACCAUCCAUAAGGUAAAGAUAGGGAUGAUUUAACAUGUAGUUAGCCCUUCGCCCCUGGCCUGGGACCAUCCUAAACAAAUCAAAGCAUCCUGAGGCCUUAAUGUCUCCUACUGCCCUUGAUCUGACACUAACUUUUUGUGUUUUCUCAUACAACCCCUCUUCGCAUUUUCACUUGUCUUUCCAACUCAAAACAGUGAAAAUGAAGUCAUCACUAUGCUAUUCUCUGGACAUGCAGGGAACUCCUAACAGGUAGGGACCAACCAUGUGCCAUUUUAGGUUUUGGCUCUUCAGGCACAAAGAAGGAAGAAAGUGUGCAAUUGUCUACCCAGGAGACGCCAGGGGAAUACGUGCCUUUGCAGAACAAAAUGCAUGGCAAUUUUAUCUCAUUCUGGCCUGUACCAGAGUAUUUACACUGAGACAACGUGACCAGUCCUACUUUCGCAGUAACCCGUUUUGGGAAUUACAGCAACACAGCCAGAAACUGGAAAAGAAAACAACCCUGAUAACACAAACCUGCCACAUAUCUUAUGACCUCAAUGACAUGCCUCUGAAGGCAGGUUUGCCUGAGUGUCAUAGGCAGAGUUGAUCCGUUGGUACAAAGGCAAAUGCCCUUUCGUAUGAGCGCAAAUGGUGUCUCCAUCUUUUCAGGAAGUCUUGGGAGCUUUGUGCCACCAUUUUAUCUUUCCUAUGCAGGCUGCUAGUGAAGAUAUUUUUCCAUUGUAGAAAAUACUUGAAAAGUUUCCCAUGUUGGUAGAAUACAUGCAAGACUUACCUUCCAAAGCUCUGCUUAGUCUCCCUGUAGAGCAAAAACCACUUAGGUUUCUUAAGGAUGGAACGUUAAUGAGUCAAGUAUUAUCUGUACAGUAGCAUCACCUCAUUGUAAUCUACAGCUUUAUGCCAGUAGGUCUCAAAGUGGAUCUUACUAUUACCUAGACUUUAAAAAGGCUGAGAACAGACACAAGUCACUUCUCAAGAAUGUCUCAAAAGUCACUACCUGAUCCUUCAGGCUGCAUCAUUCCUCAUCCCUCCUCAAAGUACCCUGAAGUGAACUCGUCUCCAUCCCUUUAAACCCCUUGUCACUACCAUGUGUCUCUAUGCCUUCAUUUUAUUUCUCCCCUUGUCUUCUUUGUAUUCUUUUCAUUCCCUGGUAUCGGAGCAUGCGAGUGUUUGGAAGUCAGCAAUGUUCUUCAGCCCUUCUUAACCACCUCCUUGACUGACCUUCACUGACAGUAUGGUCAGUGAUAUGUAAGGACUUAGCACAGUAAGUGCAAAGAUCAGUGAUACAAGGUCUCUUCUUGUAGGAAGAUCUUAAUCAUUAUCUGCCUUAGCAAACCACAAAGUGUUACCCCCAAGCAGAAGAGUAAGAUGUGGCCAUGAAGCUUGGUAACUGUAUUGUCAGUAUCCAUACAACCCAAAGCCCCUUUUAGAAAUGCAGAUUUUAUAAAUACACUGCACUGUUCUGCAGUCAGCAUUUACUGAGCUUUCCUCAACUCAAAGUCCUUUGUUAUUCACAGCAAAUCAGAAUUGGUGGUAAUGCACUUGUGGUAGGGCAAGGGGAGUAGAAGUGCCAUGUGAAAGUCCCUUGAAAAGCUCCAUGUGAUUUAUUAUGGGGUCAAGGCCAUUAACUACUAGCCUAAUUCAGCGAAAACAACCACAAUGUGCCAUGCCAUGGGUAUUUCAAAUCUAGUCACACCUGUAGUUCUCAGAUGCAUGGCCAAGCUGCUACAGCCAGAUUGCUUAUUUCUAAAUCUUGUUGUGACCAAAAGGAGGUGUAUUCCUUGGCCAGAACCAAGAUUGGCGAACAGCCUCCCUCACAACUCCCUGCUUGUGCUGGUAUUGUUUCGGGAGCUUCUUGAGCUGCAGUUACUAAGGUGACGUCGCAUUUCCUGUGGAGUUCAGUCCCACUAAUGAGUGAAUAAGAUUAAACUGUUUACAGAUCUAGGCCUAAAACUCUUUUCAGUUACUGCCUUCAUAAGGAGGAUCCACGUUCCCAAGCCUGCAAGCUGCUUUAUCCAGAGGGACCUUUGCCUCCACCUGGAGUCAGCUGGAUUAAUAACACUUCUACACUUCUGACAUCCGCUUCAGUGGAUCAGCUUGCAGGACUAGCUCUGGGUUGCUGGGGUUUUAUUUUAAAUAUAUCUAAAGACGUCUGUAAUUUCCUAAUCGAAAGAAAGAAAGCAGAACACUGUAUUUUUUUAAAUGAGAAGGUAAUAAAAAUCAAGUCCGAAUAUUUUGAUAGGUAUGCUGGAAGGGUGUAUAAUGUAGCAAACAGUUGCACUAUUUUUUCUAUUGUCUGAGCACCUACCCUGAAAAGUAUUUAUUCUUUAUCUAACUAAGACCUCUUUCAGUUCUGAAGUUACAAAAUUUGGAAGGAGUCAAGCACAAAGCCUCAGUGAAAUUUUAAACUAAUGUAAAUAAAUCCAGUAGCUAGCUUUCUGAAGUAGGCUAUAACAUUUGGUUUUCGGUUAUUUCAUCUUAGAUAUUGCCUAAUUGUUGGGGUUUUUCCAAAAUAAGCUAAAUAGUGACACUUCUGAAAGCAUCUGUACUUCACACAAAAUCAUAGUCAUAUGGCAAUGACAUCCUUCAGCUCAUGUAAAACAGCUUUAAAAGAGCCUUUUAGUAUGCACUGUUAUCUUGCUUAAUAAUCCUUGACAAUUUAAUUCUCUUGUGCUUUCUCUCUGCUGCCCUGUUUUGUACACUAACAGAUUUGCAGGGCUUCUCUGUAUUGUUUUUGUAAUAUAUGGGUUGGUUUAAAGAAAAAACUUUACUCUUGUAAUGAUUGUUUUUGAAAUGUGGAUCUCUAUCUGUAAAGAGAAAACCUACUUUAAAAAUGCCCUCUGUUUUCUCUAAGUUUACUGUAAUUAGCAAGUUUAGUUAACAGAAAUGUAUUCUUUUAAGCUCCUGUUAUAUUCUUUUCCAGUUAUUGACUGCUUUCACUAUGUGUGUACUUGGUACUGGUUCAUUCUUUUACUAUGGUGAAAAUGACAAGUUUUGUUAAUAUCCGAUGGAAGUUGUGUUUUUGGAUAAAGUUCUUCAAACUGA